AUGGGCCCCCCAGCCCAGUCAGGCUCGUGCAAGAGCCAACUUGUACCUUCUUCGUGGUUUGUGACGAGUCCUUGCUCGUCCUCCGCUGGAGCUGUCGAGAAGAGUGCGAAGGAGAGGCCAGCAGCGAAGCGGCAAGAAGGGCGUCGCGAUGACGGAGCGGAAAGUGGAGGCAAGCGACAGGGCAUGACAGGAAGUCAGGAGAAGAAAAACCCAGGGGGCAAGGCUGCCGCGCAGUGGCCGCCGCAAGAUGCUGCGGAGAAGUUUCGAGGGCGGCGAGAUCCUGGCCAUCCGAAAGGCGCGCCAGGAAGGACUCUGAAUGGGGCGUUCGCGAAGUCGGCGAGGAGCGCCUCGGGGGAGUCCAGACGACACUCGGACAUCUCCGAGAAGCCCGCGCAUGCAGCGUCUUUCACGUGGCGAAAAUCAGGCCUCUUCAGCGGCAGUGACAACCGCAGAGGUCGGUUUCAAGGAAAGAAUGCCAAGCUUUAUGAAAGGGAGCGCAGCACUCUCAGAAAGGCACAUGCUGCGGGAGGCGUCGCCGGGGGCGAGCCGAGCGAAGACGAAGGCGAGGUCGACGUCUCUGUCGGCGCAGACGAGAGAAAAAAAAUGAAGGCUGCGGCCAUGGCGGCUAUUUCAGGCGCCCUGAACGAGCAGCAGGUGCUUUCCGACCUUGAAGACGCCCGCAAAAAGGGCAAGGAUAUCCCUUUCUCGCGCGACGCAAAGAGGAAGCGAGCGGACAGUGCGUUCCGGCGGGGCUCCGACAUUGAAAUCUGCAGCGGCGAGACGAAAAGGCUCAAGACGGAAAAGGCGAAGAAGAAUCACGCUGAAGAUGCGGGAACGAAGGAAACAGGGGGUAGGGCGAAGGACAGCCAGAGCUCACCAGCGAGACCUGCCGAAGAGGAUAAGGGGAAGGAAGAGGAGGGCGAAAUCUCUCAGCGUGUAAGGACUGAAGCCGACGAUGAAGACGAUGAUGAAGACGAUGGUGCAGACGAUGAAUUUCAGCUGCACAUCGUGAAGCGCCCUGUAGCGCAAGACAAGGCAGGGACACGAAAACCCCUCGACCUGGCGUCUUCCGACAGGAGACACGAAGACUCCAGCGGACCGCGGGCACAAGCGAAAGGCCGAGAGCGUGCUCACUGGCGCGAGGCGCAGAGCGACCAACGCGGCUCGCGGGCGUCUGGCGCAGGGUGGAAGGACAGCCGCUACAGCUCUCCUGCUUUCGACGUCGCUGUUGGUGAAAAGCGCUUUUUCCCUCCCCUUGGAGCAGCACCGAAGCAGGCCGAGACAGAGACGGGCUCAGACGCAUCAGAUGCAGAGGUAGAGAAUGGCAACCCGAAAACAGAUCGCGAAAAGGAGACUGGGGAGCUCCUCAGAUUCAUACCAAAGACUCUGCCGUUCGCGGGAGCCAGAAGGACGAGGACGCUCUCGAUUGCUCUGCCUGCGUCAAUCGUCGACAACGCCCAGACCCUAGAGCUUCGAGCAGCCCUAGUGGGGCACAUUGCUCGCACGUUGACGGUCUUUGGUGUCGACGAAAUCGUCAUCUACGAGGAUGUCGCGGCGUCGAUCUCGCGAGGAGCCAAGGGCGGCGAAGGCCAUUCGCGAGCGCUCGAGUUCUUUGUGCGCAAUCUGCGGUACCUGGAAACUCCCCAGUUCCUUCGCAAGGCACUCUUCCCCAUUCACCCUGACCUGCGCUUUGCAGGCCUUCAGAAUCCGCUCGACGCGCCUCACCACCUCCGCCGGAACGAGUGGCUUCCGUACCGAGAAGGAGUCGUUGUCGCUUCGUCAAAAUCUCGCGAAAGCGGGAAGCAGGGUUCCUCGGUGGAGGGAGAGCACACCAAAGGCUUCGAAGAAGAGGUCAAACUGAGUGCGGCGCAAGAGAAGAAACUCAAGGCGCAGCAAGGCGCGUGGGUAGAGUGUGGUCUUCCGAGGCACGUGUGGAUUCCCGGUGACCGCCUCGAGGGCGGCAUGAGGGUCACCGUUCGACUCGAACCGUCGGUCCGGCAUCUGCAGCGUCAACCGCCUCUGGAGGGCAGCGGGGCGGACGGGCCGCUGAUGCGAGGUGUGGCUGUUUCUCCCGACGAGCCUCCCGUCAAGGCAGGUCUCUACUGGGGCUACCGCGUCCGUAUUGCGCAGCAUUUCAAGGACGUCUUCUCGCACUGCCCGUUCAGCUCCGACGGCCGCUACGACCUCACAGUGGGCACGUCGGAGAGAGGCACGCGUGUCGGCCGGGACUUCAAGCUCCCUGCCAACUACAAGCACAUGCUCCUCGUCUUCGGAGGACUGCAAGGUUUGGAAGCAGUUCUGUUAGAUCGUCAAUCAAACUGCGCACCUUCCCGAGACCCCUCCACGCUCUUUGACCUCUAUUUGAACACAUGCGCUUUUCAGCGAUCAAGGACUAUCAGAGCUGAAGAAGCGGUACCUAUCACUUUGGCGCUUCUGCGCCCCUAUCUUCUGGAGCAGGAUGAGUUGAGCGAGUGA